AUGAAAAGUGCUUUUGAAAUCCGAAAGGCGAGCGAGUCUUCUGACUACGAGGGAGAGAGCGACGGUCAUCAUCCGGAUAGCGCACCCAGCAACCGGGAGCUGCGCUCACGGAGCUGCAGCUAUGCUGGAGUGUUUCAUGUGGAGGGGAGAGAACGCUAUAGUCUGAAGUUUGAGAAGGCCGAGACAUUGUGUGAGCAUUUAUCCUCUUCAUUAGCCAGUCUGGAGCAGGUGGAAAAAGCCUACAAUAAAGGACUACAGACAUGCAGGUAUGGAUGGAUAAACAGCACAGAGGUGGUGAUAGUCCGUCAGACGCCAAAUAGAAUCUGUGCUGGCAACCAAACCGGCAUCAUCAGGAAAACUCCAGACAGAAAAAAAUAUGACGCCUUCUGUUUUGAUGCUAAAGAUACGGCAGAGAAGAAUUGCACAGCUAAAAUUGACCCUGAGAGUUUAAACAAAACAGAUGGCGACUCGGCAUUUACAGAAGUCACAACACACCGACCAAAUGCUGGAGGGGAAGAUUCUGAAAAUUCAACAUCUGAAGUCACAUCUGUGUCCGAGUCUUCUACUCCAGUUCUCUGGAUGCAGACCAGUCCCACACAGAGCCCUGCGGAACAGAACCACACUGAUCAGACAAACCGUGAUACGCAUAUAGAGUUGACAACUUCACAUCCAAAUCCAGACACCACAGGGCUGGGAGUGUUUGAAUCAGUGACCACUAAAGAAACGGCAGCAAAUAAAGCAGAACACGCCAUCCCAAACAACGGAUCUAUAGGUAUGGCCAGUGUAAUACAAAUCAUGUAUUAAAAGUAAUGCCCUAAUCAAUUGUAUCCAAUUUCAGACUACUAUUUGCUUUAACAAGCCUUGAUUGACAACAUUCUGACAAAUGUUCACCAGGGUGUGAAUUAUAAGGCAGUCUUAGGUCAGGUCUCUAUAACAACUCCAGUCCUGGGGGGCCGGUGUCCUGGAAACUUUACUACCAAUCCCAGUUGAACCCAUCUGUCUGUAAUU